AUGACAAAACGUUUUAUUCAUAUGCAAUUAAAUAACAAUAAGUCUCGUUAUACAGUUGCUAAACAAUACCCACCAUUCGUAUUUUCUCCUGAUACUGAAAGAGAAAUUACAUUAAUAUUGACAAAUAAUGGCCAUCAAGUUGCUGCAACGCUACCAAAAGAUUCUGGAACUCAAAAUGAAAUGGAUUUAUCAUUUACUGGUGGCGGUCUAACUGGUAAAUUUAAUUUCGUCAAUUUUCAUUUACAUUGGGGUAGAAGUGACAGACAUGGAUCGGAACAUGAAAUUGAUGGACACAAAUAUCCGGCUGAAGCACAUUUUGUCUAUAAGAAUCUUGAAACUCAACAAACCGCUGUAUUUGGAUUUUUUUUUCAUGUUGUUCUCUCAGUUAACGAAGAAAAUCGUGCAUGGAAGAAAUAUACACAUAUUGCAAGUUUAUUGACAAACAUAGGUGAUGCAAUGAAUUGCACUUUCGUUUUAAGUCAUCUGAUGCAAUAG